UAAUUAAUUUCAAAGGAUUUAGAGCGCCAAGUUCAGCAAAAAGACAGCGUGCUCUCAUAAUCAAAACAUUAAACAGAACACAGCCAAUCCAAAAUAAAAUAAAACAAAAUGAAAACUCAAUUAGUAACAUCACAGAUCCAGAUCUCUAUCUUUCUCCUAUAAACAAAACAUGGGGUUUCCCCCUCGACAAUCCCAACACAGAUUUCCUCCUCCUCUCCCUUCUUCAUCCCCUUCCCCUCCUCACAUCCACCAAUGCCUUCUUCCCUGUCCACAACUCUUCUGUCAAUAACCAUACCCUCUCUUUUCUUCCUUUCCUGUUUCUCCAUUGACAACCAAGGCCUUGCUCUUCUUCAAUGGAAGAAUACGCUCACCUUCUCCUCAGACGAGCUCAGCUCAUGGAAGUCAACAGAUUCCAAUCCCUGCAAAUGGUAUGGAGUCCUCUGCAACCCAAGUUCCCUGGUCAUAAGCCUCAACCUCAACUCAGUGAAUAUCCAGGGCGAAUUGCCUUCCAAUUUCCAAUCACUCAAGUCUCUCAGGACUCUUGUCAUCUCCGGCACAAAUAUCAGCGGCCAAAUCCCAAAAUCCUUUGGUGAUUACCAAGAACUAAGCUUGCUUGAUCUCAGUAAGAACCAAAUUUCCGGGGAAAUUCCGGCGGAGCUCUGCAAACUAACAAAGCUUCAAUCUUUAGCUGUCAACUCUAAUUCUCUCGUUGGAGCCAUUCCUGUGGAGCUCGGCAAUCUCUCCAUGCUUACUUAUCUCACUAUCUUUGAUAACUAUCUCAGUGGUGAGAUUCCAAGAAGCAUCGGGAAAUUGACAAAGCUCGAAGUUUUCCGGGCCGGAGGGAACCAAAAUCUCAGAGGUCCAUUGCCGCCAGAGAUUGGAAAUUGCAGCAAUCUCAUGAUGAUCGGCCUCGCUGAAACUGGAAUUUCCGGCAACCUCCCGCCGGAAAUCGGAUUGCUGAAGAGAAUUCAAACUAUUGCAAUCUACACGGCGCUCCUUUCUGGUUCUAUUCCUGGCGAGAUUGGAAAUUGCAGUGAGCUCAAAAGCUUGUACCUUUAUCAGAAUUCGCUUUCCGGAUUGAUACCGCCGGAGCUCGGAGAGCUCCAGAAGCUGCAAUCUUUGCUCUUAUGGCAGAACAGCUUGGUGGGCUCCAUUCCACCAGAGCUUGGGGAAUGCGGCGAGCUGGUGCUCGUCGACCUUUCGCUUAAUCUCUUAACAGGGAGCAUUCCGAGUAGCUUCGGCAAGCUCUCCAACCUACAGCAGCUUCAGUUGAGUAGUAAUCAGCUCACUGGAGCUAUACCGCCGGAGCUUUCCAACUGCACGUCCUUUACAGAUAUCGAAGUAGACAAUAAUCAGCUGUCCGGCGAGAUAGAGAUUGAGUUCGGGAAGUUGAAGAGCCUUACUCUGUUCUACGCAUGGAAGAACAUGCUGACAGGGAAUAUUCCAGCGAGCCUCGCGGAAUGCGGGAAUCUACAAUCUUUGGAUCUUUCAUACAAUAAUCUGACAGGGGUGAUUCCAAGGGAGCUCUUUGCGCUUCAGAAUCUAUCAAAGUUGCUGCUUAUCUCCAACGAGCUCUCUGGCUUCAUUCCUCUGCAAAUAGGCAACUGCACGAACCUCUUCCGACUCCGGUUAAACCGCAACCAGCUCGUCGGACAGAUUCCGGAGGACAUUGCCAAGUUAAAGAACCUCAAUUUCCUGGACAUUAGCGAGAAUUUUCUCGUGGGCGGGAUUCCACUGGCUAUUUCGGCAUGUGAAGGCCUCCAAUUCCUGGACCUCCACUCCAACGCUCUCACAGGCGCAUUACCGGAGUCACUCCCGAAGAGCCUCCAGUUCCUCGACGUCUCCGACAACCGUUUUUCAGGCGCACUAUGCUCUGGUGUGACGAGGCUGCCCGGGCUCACCAAGCUCCUGCUUUCAAAGAACCAGUUUUCAGGCAGAAUCCCAUCCGAGCUCAUCUCCUGCUUGAAGCUUCAGCUGCUAGACCUCGGGGAAAACUCUUUCUCUGGUGCCAUCCCGCCGAAUCUCGGCCUCCUCCCAUCCCUCGAAAUCUCCCUCAACCUCAGUUGCAACCAACUCUCUGGCAACCUUCCGUCUGAGCUCUCCGAGCUCAAAAAGCUCACAAAUCUCGAUCUUUCCCACAACUUCCUCACCGGCGAUCUGACCCCAAUCGCUUCCCUCCAGAACCUUGUCUCCCUCAACAUCUCCUUCAACUCCUUUUCCGGCGAACUCCCCGACACCUCUUUCUUCCGCAAUAUCCCCCUCUCCGACCUGACCGGUAACCAAGGCCUCUACAUCUCCAGUCCCGGAACCCGCUCGCUGACCUCCGCAUCGCCGCAGAAGCUCGCAAUGCCUCUCCUUUUCACAAUAUUCGCCGUCCUCGUCCUCGCCGCAGCCUAUUUCAUUCUCCGUGCCCGCCGUAGAAGCGGCGAACCUGCCGGCGACGGCCACUGGGAUAUUACAAUGUUCAAAAAAUCAGAUAUUUCGGUCGAAGAAAUAGUCAGGGGGCUAACUUCUGCAAACGUGAUCGGAACGGGAAGCUCCGGCGUGGUGUACAGAGUCGGCACCGUGGCGGUGAAGCGGAUGUGGUCAACGGAUGAAGACGGCGGCGCGUUUCGGAACGAAAUCACGGCGUUAGGGUCGAUUAGGCAUCGAAACAUUGUGAGAUUAUUGGGUUGGGCGGCGAAUAAGAGGAUGAGAUUGUUGUUUUAUAAUUAUUUGCCGAAUGGGAAUUUGAGUUCAAUGAUUCAUAGGGGAGGAAAGGGGGCUGUUGGAUGGGAAGAGAGGCAUGGAAUAAUGGUGGGAGUGGCAGAGGCAAUUGCUUAUUUACAUCAUGAUUGUGUACCGGCUAUACUUCAUGGAGAUGUGAAGGCCAUGAAUGUAUUGUUGGGGGAAGACUUUGAAGCUUAUUUGGCGGAUUUUGGGUUGUCGAAGGUGUUGAAUGUUGGCGGAGGAAGAAGAGAAGCGGCGAGGUCACCGCCGAGGAUUGCAGGAUCGUAUGGCUACAUGGCUCCGGAGCUCGGUUCAAUGCAACAGAUAACGGUUAAGAGCGACGUCUACAGCUACGGUGUGGUCCUUCUCGAGGUCCUCACAGCUCGGCACCCACUAGACCCGUCCCUUCUGGGCGGGGUCAAUCUGGUCCAGUGGGCCCGCGACCAUCUCCAUUCCCAACGCGACCCAACGGGUCUACUCGACCCGAGGCUCCACGGCCUGCCCGACUUCCAAAUGCAGGAAAUGCUGCAGGCUCUGGCCAUCUCGGUCCUGUGCGUCGGCCUGCGGCCCGACGACCGGCCCACCAUGAAGGAUGUUGUCGCACUUCUUAAGGAGAUACGAAGGCCGGCGGCCGACGAGCCCAAGGCGUCGCCGAUGAUCGGCAGUUUGUCUCCGGCGAGAAGCUUGGCUCUGCGUGGUUCUUCGAGUUGUUCAUUUGUUAUGUCGGAUUGUUCGGAUUGAAGGAGUGGGCUGGGCUUGGAAAUGGGUCUGUAAAUCAUUUGUUUUGGGUUAGUUUAAGCACUUUGAUUUUUAAAAGAAGUAGAUGGGAAAUAAUUUAGGUUUUGUUGUUGUAAAUAUAUCUGUAGUGAUUAGGGCAACUCCAAUGGACCGUUCUUGCUUUGCUCCAA